UCUUUGUGCUCAGCUACCGAAAUAGGGAGAAGUCUGGCUGGGGUCCGGAGCAGGUCAGAUGUGGAGUUGCUGUCUUCCCCUCAUACGGGGUUCUCAAGCGGCCUAAUGGACCACCCCGUGAAGAUACUGUUUUGGUGGUUGACGAGGUACAGGUACGGAAGAGCCUUCGUUACAGGGAUGCCAAAGCGUGGAAAAAAGGGAUCAGUGGCGGAAGAUGGGGAAGAGCCCAAGAGAGAGCCAGAGGCCAAGAAGAGUAAAGUGGGAGCAAAGAAAAACGAAAAAGAGGCAGCAGGAGAAGGCCCAGUCUUGUAUGAGGAUCCUCCAGAAAAAACCUCGCCCAGUGGCAAAUCUGCCACAGUCAAGAUAUGCUCUUGGAACGUAGAUGGGCUUCGCGCCUGGAUUAAGAAGAAGGGCUUAGAUUGGGUAAAGGAAGAAGCCCCAGAUAUCCUGUGCCUCCAAGAGACCAAAUGUUCAGAGAACAAACUCCCAGCUGAGCUUCAGGAGCUGUCUGGACUAUCCCAUCAGUACUGGUCAGCGCCUUCUGACAAGGAAGGAUAUAGCGGUGUGGGUCUGCUUUCCCGCCAGUGCCCACUCAAAGUCUCUUAUGGCAUUGGUGAGGAGGAACAUGACCAGGAAGGCCGGGUGAUUGUGGCUGAAUUUGACUCGUUCGUGCUAGUUACAGCCUAUGUACCCAAUGCAGGCCGGGGUCUGGUAAGGCUGGAGUACAGGCAGCGCUGGGAUGAGGCCUUUCGCAAGUUCUUGAAGGGCUUGGCAUCCCACAAGCCUCUUGUACUAUGUGGGGACCUCAAUGUGGCUCAUGAAGAAAUUGAUCUUCGUAACCCCAAAGGAAACAAAAAGAAUGCUGGCUUCACUCCACAGGAGCGCCAAGGCUUUGGGGAACUCCUGCAGGCUGUGCCCCUGGCCGACAGCUUUCGUCACCUGUACCCUAAUGCUGCCUACGCCUACACCUUUUGGACUUACAUGAUGAACGCUCGGUCCAAGAAUGUAGGUUGGCGCCUUGAUUACUUUCUGUUGUCUCAUUCCCUUUUACCUGCUUUGUGUGACAGCAAGAUCCGUUCCAAGGCCCUUGGCAGUGACCACUGUCCCAUCACCCUGUACUUAGCACUGUGACAUUCUCCAAAUCACUGUGAGCCUGGGAAUAACUGCCCCCUCCUCCCUGUACAAAUACUCCUCC